AUGAAGCUGCUCUGCUUGAUCCACAAACCGAAUGCGCAGGCGUUCCACGUCAUCAUCGCGCCGGAAGAUAUUGUGAGUGACCUGAAGAGCCUCCAGCCCGAAGAGGAUGCGUCGACGAGCGAUGUCGAGUUCAAAAAGCUCCCUGCUACCAGGCUGAACUCCGACAUAUUCAGUGGGGAGCUGGGAAAGAACUGCAUUCACGUGUUCCUUCUCUCUGCGCGCAAACUUCACGGGGAAGAUCUGAAUCGUACCAUCCGUUCCAAGGCUCGCAAAGACGGAAGCACGGCCUUUUCGGCGGUCGUGUUCGCGCACUUGCCGAAUCGCUACCGCAUCAACGACGACGUGCUUGACGAUCUCAUGAAGGUUAUCGAAACCAAGACGUGGGCCUACGAGAACAUGAAUGCGAACAAGGAGACACGCAUCCAGUUGAGCUUCAUCUUCGAGCAUGUCGUAUGCAUGUUCAAGGACAAGGAGGAUGCCGAGCGCUUUCGUCUGUUUGUCCAGUCCAAACUCGUGAGGUCCUUCGUCAAAGCGAACGGUUUCGUGGAUUUCCGAAUCACCAGAGGCACGAAAACGGUGGUGUGCAUCGUGGACGACAAGAAGUACGACUUAGCCACAGGGACAGAACGUGCUGUCCUGGCCAUAGAGGCUGCGGCAGACAAGAACAACGACGAGCGCAUGUACGGCGUUGUGACGAACUUCAAGUCGCGUCACUUCCUCAAGCGCACAGACGUCGCCAUCGAGCGCUUCGACGACUCGAUUCGUCUUGAGGAUCCUCAGCCUGACCUUAAACGCGGCGCUGGGCGUUUGUACGCGAUGCUGAAGAACCAAUAG